UUGAUUUGUCGAAUAUUGAUCUGUGACAUAUCGCAUUAUAAUAUUUACCUCAUAUUUCAACUCUGAAAUAGUGAUAUUGUUAAAUGUGAAAAUGAUUAAAUUAACGCAGGAUAUUGAUUUGGAGAAUUAUACGCUCAUCUUACCAUCGGUAGCGGUUGGAAACGUCGGACAACUGUCUGUUGACUUACUCAUUUCGAAUCUUAACCUUCCAAAAAUCGGUCAAAUUUUUAGCGCGUCAUUCAUACCUGUCGUUGGCGCAAACGCCUAUCAUGAGCAUUCGAAUGAACUUAUCACGGCGAUUGAUAUUUACGCGGGGAUCAAGGAACGUAUUGUCGUUAUACAGAUCCGAUCGCCGUAUGUUGGCGAGCUUUUAGAAUUUUUCAACGAAAUAACACAAUUUGUCACCGAGAGAAAAAUAGUUAAAGUAAUAAUUCUUGCAAGCAGUCAUGAUUAUGCAAAAAGGAAAGUCCAACCGCAGCAUCUUAAGUUGAGAUAUGUUGCCUCUCCUAGUAUACAGUCUCAGACUAGUAAACUCUUUGAUGACCUCAACUGGAUUCCGCAUAAACCGAAAGACGUGACUGGAGAGGAAAGAUUGCAGAUACCAGGGGGUGGAUUUGCUAAAAGCAUCUUUAACUUUCUGUCCAAUGCUGAUAUUCCUUGCGCUAUCUUGUUCAAAUUCUGUUCCGAAGGGGAUAAUAUAGAAGAUGCAAUAGCUUUGGUGUGCUAUUUAAAUCAAUGGAUAUGUGUAUUAGGAACAAGCAGUAGUAAUUUGAAGUAUCCACCGUCUUGGAAACACUUAUUUGGAAAGCCACCAUCACAGGAUAUGUAUUGAUUGUAUCUGGAUAUAUUUUGUACUAUUCUGUUAAUCUUAAAAUAAUAAUAUUUUUGCUAUGCAAUAUACAAGUGUAUAUUUGAAUGUAAUAUACAAUUUAGAACAUUUUUCAUAUAAUUUCUAUGAAAAGGACUAUGGUAUUUAUAUAAAAAAGCUAACGCGGUAUAUGUUAAAAAAAUUUAAUUCCUUAUGGUUUAGAUGUGAAUGUAGUAAAUUGUAGUAGAAGCUUAUGGCUUUGUUUCAAAUAUCAAACUUAGCGCUCGCAACACUUUUGGAAUCAUUUCAUCUUUGUUUAUCAAAUAUUAAACAAGGAAUUGAUAUGAGUCUUGUGAGCACCUAGU